UAUUGGUGCGGUAUACAUAACGAUAGAAAAUUGAAUUCAAAAAAUAAAAAAAUAUAAGAUGUCUAUCUAUAGAAUUGUUACAGUAUCUAGAUUAUUAUUGCAAUGCAAUCGCUCCAGUACUGUAUUAGCAUUAAAAUAUCAGGAUAUCGACAGAAACAGAUUUACGAACGAAAGAUUAAAACAUACAAAAGCCAUAAAAAAUGAGAGUGCAAAAUUCAGAACAUACAUUGUUCAACGGUAUAUUGAAUAUGUCAAAAACUAUACAAAGGUACUUGAGACCAGAUUUCCUGCAGCCAUGAGAAUGUACAGAGUAUUUAGUAUUGGUAUAAAGGAUUUCCUCCGAGAUCUUAAAGCAUAUAUAUCCUUAAGAAUAAAAUUUGCAAGGGAUCAAGGUUUUUCGAAUAUGAGUCGGCAAGACAUUGAACUCUAUGAAAAGAUGCCUUCAGAUAUGUGGAAAAUAGCACCUGUUUUAGUUUUAUCAGCCAUUCCCUUUGGAAAUUAUAUAAUCUUCCCAUUAGCAUUUUUGAAGCCAAAAAAACUUUUAAGCUCACAUUUUUGGUCAAUACAACAGCGGGUAGAAUUCUCAGUUCAGGAUUUGCGGGAUCGCUUGAAAUAUAACCGUUCAGUAUUCAGAGCCUUGCAGGAGAAAUUAGAUUUGAUUCCAGAGGGUCAAGUAAAGGAGAAGUGGGAAAGAAUAAUUGCUCUACUGGGUUCAGGAGUUCACCCUACAGCUAAUGAUAUUAUUGAAUGUAAAGAACUCUUUAUGAAGGAGCCCUAUCAUUUAGCACAAUUGUCAUAUACACAUGUGGGACACCUUUUAAAAAUGCAUGGUCUAAGGAAAAGUGUGUUUCGCAGGAAGAAACUUAAAUACAGAGCAUUAAUCCUAUUGGAAAUGGAUAAAGCUAUAAUAAGAGAGGGUGGUGUUGACAAUUUGGGAUCAGAUACUUUAAGGAAUGCAUGUCACAUACGCGGUUUAAAUGGUAGCCAUUUGUCAAAUCAAAAUAUGAAGGACUGGCUUCAGCAAUGGUUACUAGUAUCACAAAAUGUUGACUCAAAUUCAUAUUCUUUAUUAUUGCAUUGUCCAAUACUGUUUGCCUACAAUCACCCACAAAAUUGGGUUUUGAUUUAUUAAAAUCUUCAUGAAAAAUUAAGUUAAUACCAUAAUAAUUAGCUAAUUUAUAAUAUGUUCUUAUACUUUUAGAAAAAUAAUUUGUUUUUUAAUUUUUAAUCUAAAAAAAGGAGCAUUAAACUUUAAUGUAUAAAGUAAAAUGCUGACAGAUGCAUAAAUAUCAGUAUGAAACACAAAGGUGGAAACACUAAGGAUUAUUACCAACAUCUUUCAUUAAACUCACAUUUAGCUCAAUUACUUUUCUAUUCUAUUCUUGUCUAUAUUUGUUGUAUACUAUGUAUAAUAACAUACUAUUUAUUCCCAAAGAUAGCUUUAUUUUUGCUUUUGUUGAACUUGCAAGUAUUUACUUUUUAUAAAGUAUUGUUGGAAUGUUUAUAUGUGAGCUUAUAAUUAAUAAAUUAUAUUUGUUACAUAA